AAAGAAAUGUAAAAGAAGGUAUAUAAUUUGAAUAACUACAAUAAAAUGGGAACAAAAUAGAGGAUGCUCUAUAUUAAAGUUUAAACUUUAAAUCAUAAUGCACUCGUAUUUUAAAAAAACCCAAUACUUAUAAUUUAUAUUUAGCACAUAAAAAGAUUAAUUUAAAAAGAAUAUAAGUCUAACAAAGAAUUAAAAUUUAUUUGCACAAAAAAAUUUUCGGGACUAAGCUAAGGUAAUAAAUGAAAUUUGUAACGCGGUCGUUUUGGCUAGACCAGCCAGGAGCUGAUAAAACACCGACUCAAAUAGCCGACACGACACCGGUAAUGUUACAGAAGCGGUCUGUGUGGGUUUCGGAGGUUUGUGAAGCAGAAAGAAUCAGAAAGAAAUGGAGAGAAAAGUGACAAUAGAAGCGAUUGAGAGCAUAACAGAGAGGUUGUCCUGUCUGGAAAAUCUCUACUUCCCACGCGCCCUUCAAUCUUCGGCCUCUGAUCCCUUCCAUCGCAAGUCUAUCCUCCACGACCUCCUUUCGCGCGACGUCCCCGUUUUCUUAGAAAGAUAUGGGUCAGAAUUGACGAGUGAUGAACUCCUCGAAUUCGAUGCACUCAAUGAUGAUUAUGAGGUUAAUUGGCACUUAAAGCAUCUUAGAAGCAAGAUGAGUCCAACUUCAGAGGAAUUGAAAUCAAGGUCAGUGACCGUCAAGAAUCGGAGGAGGGCUUACUUGAAUAAAUUGAUAUGUGAUGGCCAAUAUUUUUCGGAGGAUGCAAUGAGGGAGAGAGAACCCUAUUUGCAUCAUGAGUAUUUGGGGAGGUUUCAGGAUUUAAGUGGGAGAAGCAUGGCCAAGCCUGGGGAACGCUGGUCUGAGACUUUGAUGAGGAGGUGUGAGGAAGCUAGGUUGGUUGCUAAGAUUAGAGAAGAACAGCAGAGGCUCGGUGUGGCUCAAAAAGAUUGGGUUGGUAAUCAUACAAACCAGCAACAAGAAGAAGAGGAGGAGGAGGAGGAGGAGGAAGAAGAAGAAGAAGAAGAGGAAGAGGAAGAGGAAGAGGAAGAUGAGCAUGAAAUGAAGAAGGAAAAUGGAGGCGAGCAGGGCAAGGGAAUGCUUUUGGACCAUCCUGGCAAUGACAGGGGUGCUGCUUCUGCAACUAUGGAUGAACAUGAAGAAGCACCUUCAGCAGAAGAAAUGCAAGAUAGGAUGGAUCAAUUCACCUACAUUAUGCAGCAGAAGUUUCUCUCUGGCGAAGACCGUGAGCAUUUAGAUUACGCGAAAAUAGAUGAUGAUGAGACCUUGGAUGAUCACUGGCUUAGGGAAGCUAACCAUGAUGCUGAGGAAAAGUAUUUUGCUGAGGACUAAGAAUGGAGACAUACUUUCACUCAUUGCUAAACAUUUGCAGAUAGCUCUUUGGUAUAAGCAGUGAUUACCCUUUUGUAGUUAUGCACCUAACUUCUUUUCAUAUAAAUGGUAUGAAAUCACACGUUCAGUCGGAAGCAAUUCUUCAAUUAGACCGAUAAUAGAGCAUUCUGUAUAGUAAUUUCGAAUUACAAUUUUUUUACAGUUCCUUCAAGCAUAUAGCCAAAUGAAUUACGAAUGCCUCUGACGUUAAUCAUGCAUAACCAUGAGACUAAGCAGCCCCCUACUGUGUUUUGCCCUGUGCUGAGGUU